CAUCUGCAUGGAGGCAAUCAUCUUAAUAUAAUUAAGACGCAAUUACAAUUAGUUCGGGACUACGUGUUUCGCCUUGCAAAAGGCAUAUUAAGCAGUGUUGUUCUUGGGGCAGGACCUAACGACUGAGGCUAUACACUUUACAAUGGCUGGAUUGAAGGGAUGUUCCGUUAUCUUCACGUUGUUCUUCCUUAGCUGCGCGGAAGCCAGAAGCCUGUGCUUUAUGAUGAGCGCCCCACUCAACUCGGCUGAUUGGAGGGGGAAACUUGAGAUGCGGCAAGAGCCGGAGAAUGAAGAGGGAUAUUACAUCGACAACCUAUACGUAUGGGCCUCCCUGCCGGGUGAGGCACGACUGCUCGACGAAGACGACAACGUGCUUGAAACCGUCUCCUUCAUUGGCCAGCGGCAGGAGCUACAAACGUCGUUCGAAUCGACGAAGUUCUUCUAUAAUAUAGAGUUUAGUUUGAGGGGCGAGGAACGCGAUGCUAGGCUGUGGUUUGAAACUGUAGGAUGCGAGUCGGAAGGUUUGUUAGACGCCCAGCCUUGAAAUGUAACGGGCCGAAGCUGAAACUAAGAAACUGUAGGGACCCAACAGCUACACCUAGUGGAUGUUUUAUUAAUUACAGUCAUUGAUACGCUUUAAAUGCUUUUUGCUCACAAAUUCUUGCUCUGUAUACGCGAUGAAAUCCGCUUCCUUUGCUCAUGGAUAUCCGUGCUUUCUUUGUUGAGGAAAAUAACGUGAAAUAAAUUUAGUAACGGCAA